AUGGCCGAGAAACCCGAGAAGCAAAACCUUACAUGGGCGCAGCUCACAAAGUCCCUAUGUGCUGGAGGAAUCGCUGGGGCUGUGAGCCGGACCUCGGUGGCCCCCCUAGAGCGGCUGAAGAUUCUCAUGCAGGUCCAAGGCACUGAGAAGGUGUACACCGGCAUCUUCCAGGGCGUGCGCCAUAUGUGGGUCAGCGACGGCAUCCGCGGCCUGUUUAAGGGCAACGGGCUGAACUGCAUUCGCAUCAUCCCCAACCAGGCCAUCAAGUUCAUGACCUACGAGCAGCUGUCGCGCAAGAUCAGCCACGCCCUGAUCGACCGCGGCGGCGACGGGCAGCUGACGCCGGGCCUGCGCCUCGCGGCGGGCGCCGGCGCGGGCAUUGUGGGCAUGUCGGCCACCUACCCGCUGGACAUGAUCCGGGGGCGCAUCACGGUGCAGCACUCCUCCCACGCGCAGUACCGUGGCAUGUGGCACGCCGCCAGCAGCAUCGUGGCGCAGGAGGGGCUGGUGGCGCUGUGGCGCGGUUGGCUGCCCUCCGUCAUCGGCGUCGUGCCCUAUGUCGGCCUCAACUUUGCGGUGUACGAGACGCUAAAGGACCUGAUCGUGAAGGCCUACGGCUGCCGCGAUGAGCGGGACCUGGCCAUCGCCACGCGCCUCGCCUGCGGCGCCACGGCGGGCACGCUGGGCCAGACUGUGGCCUACCCCUUUGACGUCGUGCGCCGGCGGCUGCAGAUGUCGGGCUGGGCGGGGGCGCAGAGCCUGCACGCCGCCGAGGGCGCGGCGGUGCGCUACAGUGGCAUGACCGACUGCUUCGUGCGCACCAUCCGUGAGGAGGGCGUCACGGCGCUGUUCAAGGGGCUGGGCCCCAACUACCUCAAGGUUGUCCCCUCCAUUGCCAUCGCCUUCGUGACGUACGAGCAGGUCAAGGAGGUCCUGGGCGCAGAGAUCCGGCUGUCGGACUGA